GCACAGCCUCUUUCGCCCCCUUUCUUUCUCCCCUCACUCUUCGCCGCUCAGUCUGGAGCGCAUGCAGGCAGGGGAAGAGGAGGGAUGAGAGAGGUGUGCGCAAGUGAGGAUCUCCUCAGCUGCCAGGGCAAUGCAGGACUGGUGAAGAGAGGAGGAGGAGAAGAGGAGGACUGAAGGAGUACUGCAGUGUCCUGCCAGCUUCCCCCUCCCUCUAUUUAUCUUUUGCUGCUUUUUUUUCCCUUCUUCUUCACUUCCCUCUGCCAAUUACACCAUGAAGCUGCCUGCUGUUUGUUGCUAAGGCCUCAGUGAAAAUGGCAGAGGGCUCCAAAGACCAGGGUGGGGUCGGCACGAUGGAUCCAGAGGAGGACUCCCCCAACAUGAUUGUCUACAGAAAGAUUGAAGACAUCAUAACGCGAAUACAAGAUGAGAAGGCUGGAGGUGUAGCCAUCCGAACUGUCAAAAGCUUCCUCUCAAAGAUCCCAAGUGUCGUUUCUGGUGCAGACAUUGUUCAGUGGCUGAUAAAAAACCUCUCCAUCGAGGAUCCAGCUGAAGCCAUCCACCUCGGGAGUCUCAUCGCAGCCCACGGCUACAUUUUCCCCAUAUCUGACCACGUUCUGACUCUGAAGGAUGAUGGAACCCUUUACCGCUUUCAGUCUCCCUACUUCUGGCCUUCAAACUGUUGGGAACCUGAGAACACAGACUAUGCCAUUUACCUUUGUAAGCGCACCAUGCAGAACAAAGCCAGGCUUGAACUUGCCGACUAUGAAGCAGAGAAUCUUGCCAGGCUACAGAGGGCUUUUGCCAGAAAGUGGGAAUUUAUCUUCAUGCAAGCAGAGGCUCAAGUCAAGCUUGACAGAAAGAAGGAUAAGGCAGAGAGGAAGAUCCUUGACAGCCAGGAGAGGGCGUUCUGGGACGUUCAUCGACCAGUGCCGGGGUGUGUCAACACCACAGAGAUGGACAUCCGUAAGUGCCGGAGAGAGAAAAACCCUCACAGGGUGAAGAAGUCGGUUUACGGGGUUGCAGAUGACAGCCAGAACCAACUGAGUCCAGUCCACAUCAGCUCCCAGCCGGCCCGGAAGCCGACCAAAGAGGAUGUUCAGAAGGAGAUUACCUUCUUGAACAUCCAGCUGGACAGACACUGCAUGAAGGUUUCCAAAGUGGCUGACAGUCUAAUGAGCUACACCGACCAGUUUGUGGAGUAUGAUCCCCUCGUGUCAUCUGUAGAGCCGUCUAACCCAUGGAUCAGCGAUGACACUACCUUCUGGGACUUGGAGGCCAGUCGUGAGCCCAGCCAACAGCGCGUGAGGAAGUGGGGCUUCUCUCUGGAAGAGGCGCUGAAAGAUCCAGCCGGACGGGACCAGUUCCUGAAGUUCCUGGAGUCAGAGUUCAGCUCUGAGAACCUGCGGUUCUGGCUAGCAGUGCAGGAUCUGAAGCGGAGGCCGUUCCGGGAAGUACCAUCGAGGGCUCAGGAGAUCUGGCAGGAGUUUUUGGCUGAAGGAGCUCCCAGCGCAAUCAAUCUGGACUCUCACAGCUAUGAGCGGACCAGCCAGAACCUGAAAGACCCCGGCCGAUACAGCUAUGAAGAUGCUCAGGAGCACAUUUUUAAGCUGAUGAAAAGUGACAGCUAUGCACGAUUUUUGCGAUCCAACAUCUACCAAGACCUCCUACUGGCCAGAAAGAAGCAGCCAGCAGACACAGAACAGGGCCGCCGCACCUCCUUGGAGAAGUUCACCCGCAGUGUGGGCAAGUCUUUGACGGGAAAGCGUCUGACAGGCCUGAUGCAGUCGUCCUGACACAGCCUGUGCUGGGAGGACACAGCCAGACCCUGCUGGUUGGGGGACUGCCACACUGGGGCCAGGUGGAGCUGGGCUGGACAGUGCCGCAGCGCGAGCUCUCUGGUCCCCCUUUGAGGCCUGCGGCCGAGCUGUUAGAGCAGCGCCGUUGGUGCCGACGGGCCCAAACAGAGGGGAAAGCACAGUGCUGAGAAGGGGAACCCAGCCAACACAUCUUAGGCAUGCAGCACAAAAUAAAAGCACAUCCCAGACUACUGCUCUUCAUCACACAGGUGCAAAACUGGAAUUUAGGUUUAACAAAAUCUGUCAGUUUUUGUUGUUCUGUCGUAAUUUAUCUGUUUACCUGCUGUAUUUCCAACACAAAUACCUAAAUAAAUAAAAAAGUUAUGGCAAAUCCUAACAUAAAAAACAAAUUCAUUUAAAGACACCAUCAAAUAUUUUUUUCAUUUUAUAUUUCUAUGGCAGACAGCAAUAAUGAAACACUUCUUUUUAUCAUAAAAAAACCUUUUUUUUUUCAUGUCCUUAAUUUAAUAAACAAUUUCAUAAUAUAAUUUCAAAACCCCUGUAUUGAAAGAGUAGACUUCUGAAGGUGUCAUUUUUCACGGUUAACCACAUUCCAGAAUGUGACAUAAGGGCUUAAUGUAGCAACUCCUCUGCACUGUUGCAUGUUUCAUUCAGACGUCCCCAUCCAGAUUUAAGGUUUCCAAUACAGUGCUUUGCAGUGAGACUUCGAUUGGCUGAUUUAUUGCAUAUCUGACUGGCUUCAGGUUCCAACGUUUUUGCUUGAGGUUGCACAAGGAAGUCAGGAAACUCUGAGGCCUGUAUUUGUGCCUCACAAGCAUGGUCGUGUGAGCCAUCAUGAUUGUGAGCUUGUAGCAUAGGCACAGUGGCAGAAAGCACACAUGUGAAAUAGGGUCCACAUGAGCUGUUUGGCUCCUGCUGUAGUGUCAUGUACAACCUUUCCAGUGCCAUGGGUCCAGUGAGUGAUGCGGAAACCAAGGGGACCAGCGACAGACAGUGUUACAGGACUGUACUCUGUGUUCACAUCAUCAAGUGACAUCACGAUGUGGCUCAUCUCCGUUCAUGGGGAUCUGACGAGGCCUCCCACCCAGUAUGGGAUCAUGUAUGUUGUUGUUUUUCUUUUGUUGUUGCUUUGUUUACUGCAUGAUUUUUUUUUUUCUGUUCUCAAACCGACGUCCAUUUCUGUCUCUCCGUGUGACAAAUGGUUUGUGGUGCAUGUUGGACCAGGACAGCGCACAAACCCAACACCUCUCAGCGACAUGGACACUUUGAGAUGGGCUAAAGUCCUGAUGGGUGCUGUUACACUGAACUCAAAGGCCUCUUCUGCUUUGGACUCAGAAUAUUUUGGUCCCACAGCUCCCCCUUGAGGCCAGGAAUGGCAUUGUGGUGAGAAACUACAGUAUAGGUCAUUAUUUUUAUUAGUCAUUGCAAUGCACAGUACAGGUCUUAGUAUACAUGAUCAGUUAUAUCCUAAAUAAAUGGGUAAGCUCCAGGUAUAAGGUAGAAAGAGACACUUGUGUUGAGUCCAUGUACCAAAUGUUAUCCUCUGCACAUUCCAAACACUGCGUCCUGAGUGCAUUGUGUACGGUGACAUUUGUUAUUAAAAGAAAGCACACUUUAUUAUGAUGUGGCCACAGUACUAUGCAUGCAACAUUUCAGGGCAUUUUGUGCUUUUACAGUAGUUUCUCUAUCAGCAGGAUGGCUACUGGCACUCCAAAACACCUGAGCUUCUGCUGUCUGUUAAUGGGUACCUAAAUAAAAAGAUUUCUGGACCUCUC